UGUUUCCAACCAAUGUUUGUUUGGAAAAUGAAAUGCAAAAGUUGUUUAAUUAUGUAUUAAUGUAAAAGAUUUAACAGUUGCAUAUUAAUAAUUAUUCGAAGGUAAUUUCUUAAGGUAUUAUAUAAUAAGAAUGCAUCCAUUAAAAUGCUGCAGAUUGUGUAUAAAUAGUCAAAACUUAUACCCUAUAUUUAUGUACCCGGAACACAGUGAAAAAUACACUAAUAUUAUAUUAAUUGCUACAGGAAUUAAGGUUGAAUAUAAUGAUAAUCUACCUCAAGAAAUAUGUUCGAACUGUAUCAGUUUUUUAAAUGAAUCCAAUAAAUAUAGGAGAAAAUGUGAAGAAAUCCAGCAAUUUUUACUAAAUUACCAACCAAAUGACACACUUCCCACUGUAUUUACAUUAAAAUUCAACGAAAACGUAACAACAAUAGAUAUUUUUGACGCCAACGACGAUGACUUCAAGGAAUUUGACGAUAACAUUACGCUGGACACGUUUCAAAUCAACGAACACAAAGAAAUGAGCACAGACGCAAAACCUAUUAUCGAAGAAACAGAUAAUAUAUUUGAUAAGAAAAAACGGAGUGCUGUUCGAAAAAAAAAUGUUGUGCGAACUUUGAGAGGUAAAACGGAUAAAGAAGAUAAGAGAAAAAAGGAGAGGGGGAAAGAAGAGAUAGAGUGUGAAUAUUGCCAUAAGAUAUUGACUUCGAAACUGUCGCUCCGGAAUCAUUAUAAGAUACACACUGGUUUUGAUGUUGUUUGUGAGCAUUGCGGCAAAAAGUUUAUAACUCGCCGGCUUCUACUGAUGCAUUGUAGAGCCAAACAUGGAUAUGAGAAGACGGACAAAUGUUCGUACUGUGAUUAUAAAGCAUCUAAUGCUGAACAGGUUAAGAUACAUGAGCGUCUCCACACAGGUGAAAAGCCCUACGUAUGCAAUGAAUGUAACGCCGGCUUCCACAGAAAGAGUAGCUAUCUUCAACACAUAGCUAUACAUUUGCCUGAAAAGACUGUUCAGUGUGACCAGUGCCCCGCACGUUUUAAAUCUGUUACCCUCAUGCGCAUACACAAGAACAGACAUAGAGCGCCACAAUACAGAUACAAGUGCGGCGUCUGCGACAGCAGCUUCGCGAGGCGUCGUAACGCGGCGAGGCAUCUACAGCGAGUGCACGGUGUUGCGCCGGACCAUCAUAUACAUAGACACAAUAUACAUUAAAAGUUAAAAC